UGGGGCUGCUCGCUCUCUCCCUCUGCCAGCGGCGACUGCGCUGCUCUCUUAACCAUUUGGAGCCCAUUCAAACGUUCGCCUCUUGCCAUUCCAUUUCAUCCGCUCAUCCGUCCACAUCCACUUGCGUUUUUGCGCCCUGCGAGAGGGAGAGCCAUGUGAAACGGGAGCAGCGAAAAAAUACCGCCCACUACCACUACCAAUUCCCAUAUUCCCAUAUUCCAUGCUAUCCCCAGCUCAGUUCGUGUCGUGUGAUCAAAGCUUUCGGUAAGGCUUCGGCUCGGCUUCGUGUAUCCACCUUUGGGGUUCUCUUCGGCGCGGCGCUCGCUCUCUUCUUGGGGGCUCAGGGACAACAAAUGCGGUAAAAUGGCUUCUGCGUCGACGUCGACAUCCCUGGCGUUUCAGUUCUGAUUGGAGGUUCGUGCGCGGCGUUUCCUCAGCUGUUUUCGUUGCCUUUUAGCCUGUUUGCCUUUGCCUUUUGCCUUUUUGCAUUCCGCUUUUGGCUCCGUGUUCGCCUCGAUUGCCAAUUACGUGUAACCAACAACAAUAACAACAAGAGCACCGAAAGAAACAGAAACAACAACAAGUGCUCUCGAGUGUUGCAAGCCUUCUUCCGUCGAAGAAACCGCAAAACGGAUUACCAAGAAUCUUCGUAGAAUUGCACGCCCUGGAAUAUAUGUUUUAAAGCUGACAGGCCCCAAGGAGUAAGAAUCCCAGCCCAGGACAACCGAAGGACCUUAGAUGUACCCAGGGCAGACAUACAGCCCCACUUGCAUGAGGACAUAGAUCGCGAUCGCACACCCACUCGCACACCGCUUCGUGACGCAACCACAGCCUCCCAAUGAAGAUGGCAUCCCAACGCUUCUGUCUGCGGUGGAAUAACCACCAGAGCAACCUGCUGUCCGUCUUCGACCAGCUGCUCCACGCAGAAACCUUCACAGAUGUGACGCUGGCCGUCGAUGGGCAAUACCUGAAGGCCACACAAGAUGGUGCUAUCCGCCUGCAGUCCUAUUUCAAUGCCUUGUUCGUAAAUCACCGAAAGCAUCCGAUUGUCAUACUAAAGGAUGUGCCCUACUCGGACAUGAAGUCCCUGCUGGACUUUAUGUACAGAGGAGAGGUCUCCGUGGACCAGGAGCGACUCACUGCAUUCCUGCGCGUGGCCGAGAGCCUGCGCAUCAAGGGCCUCACCGAGGUCAACGACGACAAGCCCUCGCCGGCGGCAGCCGCAGCAGGAGCGGGGGCGCGGGUUCCGAGAGCACGCCCACUCCUCCCCAGCUGCCAGCGCAUACAGCCGUACUUGGUGCCCCAGCGGAAUCGCUCGCAGGCCGGCGGUUUGCUGGGAGCCACCAAUGCAGGAAACACUCCCACCCUGCCGGUGCAGCCAUCGCUCAGCUCGGCCCUGAUGCCCAAGCGGAAGAGGGGCAGGCCCCGCAAACUAUCAGGCAGCUCGAAUGGCACGGGGAACGACUACGACGACUUUGAUCGCGAGAACCUGAUGCACGACACCUCCGAUCUGGGCAAUGGCAAACUGGGCAACGAGUCCUACUCCGGCAAUGACGACGGCUCCGAUGACAAUCAGCACACUGCAGGACACACGGAUGAUCUGAAUGAAAGUCGCGAUUCUCUACCCUCGAAACGAUCAAAGAACUCCAAGGAUCACCGCGCAGUGAGCCAGCACGAGGACAACAGCACUUCCGGCAACGACAGCGACGGCGAAGGAUUGGACACAUCUUAUAUGGAACCUCAACUCAUGGACGAAUACGACGAGCCCGUCGAGUUCAAGUACAACCUCACCGACAACAGCUCGCCCACGCAGGACCAAGCGGAUGGCAGCCACCUCAACGAACAGGCGCGCCAACAAGCCUUCCUCAUAGCCGCGCGGAAGCACCAGGCGGACGCAGCUGCAGCGGCAGGGGCGGACUCAAGCUUACAUUAUCGAAUGGCCGCUGGCGGGGCGCAGGUGAAGAGCAUGGUCAGCAUACCAAAGCUGACGCCCAUUGGCAAGGUCAACGCCGCCUCGACACCUGUCUCGCCCGCCGGCUCCUCCUCCAUGGCCUCUGUGAAACCGCGUUCCAGAAGCGGCCCAAACUGGCCAAACAGAACGGCGACGUAAAGCC